CUGUUAUAAAUAAAGGUUUGGCAGUACGCGUGUGGCGAUAUUUCUGGAAGGAACUGAGUCGCUUAAGUACUAUUAGUACAUUGUCUUAUUUAAAAGGUUCACUUCCAGACAGACUGAGUGCAUUUGAACUUUUUUAACGAUUCACAAACAUCACAAAAGCCGACUGAACCCUUGAAAACAUGGCCGAAAGCGACUGGGAUACGGUGACUGUGUUGAGGAAGAAGGGCCCUACUGCUGCCCAGGCCAAGUCCAAACAGGCAAUCACUGCUGCUCAGAGACGUGGGGAGGAUGUUGAGACGACUAAAAAAUGGUCUGCAGGACAGAAUAAGCAGCACCUCGUGACCAAAAAUACUGCCAAACUGGACAGGGAGACAGAGGAGCUGCACCACGAGAGGGUUCCUUUGGAGGUGGGAAAGGUCAUUCAGCAAGGCAGACAGGAGAAGGGAAUGACCCAGAAAGACCUCGCCACAAAAAUUAACGAGAAGCCUCAAGUGAUUGCCGACUACGAAAGCGGAAAGGCGAUACCAAACAACCAGGUCAUGGGAAAAAUUGAGCGAGUCAUUGGCCGAAAGCUGCGUGGGAAAGAUAUUGGGCAACCCCUAGAGGCCAAACCGAAGACGAAAUGAACACAAAGCCUCGAAAUCAGCCCUCCCCAUCCCCAUAUGUGUCCCCUAAUUUAACCCUGAAUCCUUUCCAAGGAUUUCUUGGAACUUUCUUCCAAGAAAUCCUUAUUCCUGUACCCAUCUCCCAUCCCACCCAGCCAAAUAUCCCACUUCUCUUCUCCAAUCCUCUUCCUUACCUGGGCUGAUCUCACCUGCGUCCCGCCCGAGGACCUGGUGAUCGACUGUACCACAGGCUGCGUACGAACGGGUCAUCUGUAAAACUUAAUGUAAACAAACAUGAUUGAAUGCAUUUUUUUUCUCAGUAAAUUUCUUUCACCUUUUAGGCUUUUAGCAUGAUGGUGGUAAGUCAUUCAGAGGCUAACUCAUUUUUCAUGAUCAAACAAGUCUAACUUUCAGAUCUGAGCAUGUUGUAAAACCACAAGUGCUUGAUUGCAUCUUUUUUUUUUUUCACACUUUUAGGACAACUUGGUGGAUGUUAAUACCGUGCUUGAAAUGUUUUAAUGCUAAAUAAAGUUUAGCAGUUUAUGAUG